UGGCGCGCUUGCUCGAAGUUUAAGCUUCGUUUCUGAGGGGCGGCCAGGGACUUCCAACAUCAGCAACAACCCAGCAUCACACAAACGAACCAUGACCACGAAACCGCCCAAGGGUCAUUUUAACAUUCUGUACUUUGCCAGCGCCGGCUCGUACACGUCCAAAAAUGUCGAGGCCCUGCCGGCGCCGCUGCCGCUGAGGAAGCUGUUUGCGACGCUCGAAGAGCGCUACCAGGGCUUCCGGGCGAGCGUGCUGGACCACAGCCUGGUCACGAUAAACUUGACAUAUGUGGAUGUGCCAGGCGAGGACGCGGCCGAGGAGGCAGAAGAGAUAGUGAUUCAGGAAGGCGACGAGGUCGCGAUCAUCCCCCCGGUUAGCUCGGGGUGACGGCAGCCGGUUAAACAUACUGCAGUAGGCCCGUAUCUCGCCCCAUUUGUCGCUAUCCAUACCAAAGUGUCCUCGCGUAGAAGUCCAGACGUAGGAUAAUAGUAGAUUCACUUCCCUGCCAGUGCCUCGCUUCCCCUUACUUAGCAACCUCCUCCAGUCCUACCACAACACUCCGUUCAACCAACCCCCC